UUUAAGCAGUAUUUUCGAGUGAGCCCAGCCAUCUUCCGUUUCCUUGUGGACAGCCUACGCCCUUCGCUAGAGAGGGUCACAACUAAUAUGCGCGAGUGCAUUGCGGUUGAAAAGGUGGUGGCCAUCGGCUUGUUCAAACUGUGCUCCGUGGCAGAGGACCGAGUCGUGGCCAGCGUCUUCGGUGUCAGGCGAUUGACGGUGAAUGGCAUUUACAAGGAGUUUUGCGAAGCCAUCGUUUCUGUCUUGGAAAGCGACUGGAUCAAGAUGCUGAAUCCAUCUGAGAUGGCCGAACACAUUCGGGAAUUCAUGGCCGUCAGUGACUUUCCACAAGCUGUAGGAGCCCUCGACGGCUGCCACUUCCCACUUUCGCCGCCACAAGAACAUGCCACUGAUUAUUACAACUACAAGGGGUGGUACAGCAUUAUUCUUCUGGCUCUUGUAGACCACAAGUACCGUUUCAGGUUUAUAAAUGUUGGUGCCCGUGGAAGAUGCCACGAUUCUCAUGUGUAUCAAAUGUCGAGCCUCUCCGGCACGAUUGAGGGACCACUUUUCAAGGCUCCUGUUGUUACAAUAGGAGGCGUUGUCGUGCCACCUCUAGUGCUCUGUGACCAGGCCUUCGCACUUACACCUAACCUCAUCAAGCCAUUUGGACACAACACCCCACUUAGUGCAGAGCAGAAAAAUUUCAAUUACCACAUCAGCAGAGUGAGAUAUGUAGUGGAAAAUGCCUUUGGAAGACUUAAGGCAAGAUUUCGCUUCACGUCGAAGAGAAUGGAAUGCGACAUUGCAAAUGCUCGCCUCGUGAUUCGUGCAUGCUGCGUGCUCAACAACAUUUGCGAGCAUUUCAGUGAUGCUGUUCAGCUUCUGUGGCUCAAGGAAGUUCAACAGUCCGACUCCCAACUGCCCCAACCAGAACGUAGCAGCGAUUCACAGAUUGGGAAUGCAGUCAGUGUGCGUUCUGCACUUGUGGACCACUUCAUCCAGAGGAUGCAGACCCAGGUAGUUCGCUCCUAGAAAUUGCUUUGCGUUGCCAUUUGUAAAUAAAAAGAGUGACAGU